AUGGCUGAUUCCACCGAAUCUACCCAGUCUGUGCCUGUGCCUCGUGCCAGCAAACCUGUCAGCGAGACUCUACUUAACGAAAAGUGGGACCGCGCAAUCUCCUCCCUCCUCAUUCGAUCCUCCGUUGGUCUUGGGUUUGGUGUUAUAUUUUCGAUUCUGCUGUUCAAGCGACGAGCAUGGCCUGCAUGGGUAGGGUUGGGCUUCGGCGCUGGUCGAGCUUGGGAAGAAGCUGAUGCUUCUUUCCGACGAGGCGAUCAGCCAUGGUCUCAGAAUCUCCGAUUUCCAAGGUCAUCGUAG